CCCUCCAUUCGUAAGCUACUAAAGUUUAAGUAGUACACUUUUUCUCUUUCCAACCUCUUUCGUUAUUCUUUCCAUUACGAAACGAGAAAGUAAUACUUUUUUUCAACACGGUCGUAAGCAAUGACGUGGAAAUAUUAGACUCCCACACGUAUAUUACAACAGCUGUGCUGCUAGGCACCCACUCCCCAGUCAAGGCAUAUCCAUUCCAUGGAUCUCGCGUCCCUGCUCCUCUCCCAGCUGCUGCUGCUUCCGGUGGUAACGGUUGUCUCCGGCGAGACCGCCGCGCACCCGGGCUACGCGCACGCUGAGGAGGCAUGCAGCGGUAUGCUAGAGGCAGAGGCGGAGAAAGCAACGGUGCUGGUGCCUGCGCCGGAGCGGCGCGAAGAGUUCGACGGCGGGCGGAUCGUGGACAUCAGCCACUACUACCGCGAGGACAUGCCGGAGUGGGAGUCAUCAGAGGGCUCCGGCGAGUUCCUGCAGCUGGCGCGGUCCAUGCGCAACGGCUCCGACAUCGCUAACUUCUCGGAGCUCCGGCUCACUGCGCACUCCGGCACCCACGUCGACGCGCCGGGACACGUCUUCGAGCACUACUACGACACCGGCUUCGACGUCGACACCCUCGACCUCGCUGUCCUCAACGGACCAGCGCUGUUGGUUGACGUUCCCAGAGAUAAGAACAUCACAGCUGAUGUUAUGGCAUCCCUAAACAUUCCUAAAGGUGUUCGACGUGUACUCUUUCGGACCCUAAAUACAGACAGAAAGCUUAUGUGGAAGAAAGAAUUUGAUACAAGUUAUGUUGGCUUCAUGAAGGAUGGUGCACAAUGGUUGGUUGAUAAUACAGACAUCAAACUAGUUGGAGUUGACUACUUGUCAGUGGGCGCAUUUGAUGAAUGCAUUCCAGCUCAUCUAGUAUUUCUUGAAAAAAGGGGAUGGUGUGAGGACCCAAUAAUAUGGAGCUGGGCUAGUGCUGAUCCAAUCGACACUAAUAUGAGCUGAAGAUACUACAUAAAACAUGAACAAUAUGGAGUUUUAUAUACUGGACCCCAGUCCAGGUUUUAAAUCCACCCCUGCAAGGGGUGAGUUUAUGUUUGUGUUUGGGAGUGUAUAUUUCUAUAUUGCAAUUUGAAAAAAAACUAUGUAUGUAAUAAAAUAAGAAUACAUCAAUUCAUUCACAUGACAAUUGAAAAAUGUGGCUCCCAUCACUCUUCCACCA